GACACUGAGGUUAAAAGUAGACCAAAACAACAUUGCGCAUAAGAAGACCCCCAAAAUCAUCCCCAACAACCCUAGUUAUGCAGACAUCUGUGUAGAGGAAAGCUAUAGCAAUGGGAGAUAGGUCUUCACCAUCAAGGUCCGCAGCGCUACAGAAAUCAUCACCCAUUGAUUCAGUCCAGUGUGGAACGAAUAUUGAGACGCAAUACGGUGGGGGCGUGAGGUUUUGUAAAUGUAGGAGGCGAACUGAAAUCCCUGUGAAAGCUCGACUUUGGACUUCAUGGACUGAUAAGAAUCCAGGGAGACGGUUUUAUGGUUGCCCGCACUAUGAGAAUGAUGGUUGUGGGUUCUUUGAAUGGCAUGAUGAACCUCUGACAAAUAGGGCCAAGCAUGUUAUCAAUGAUCUCAAAAUGGAGAAUAGAAGACUUGUGAGUACAAUAAUGGGACUGGAGGAGGCCAUACGUGCAGGGGAGGCCAUAAUUGCAGGUGGGGAGUUUGAAGAAACACCAAUUCCAGAAUAUGAUCAUACCUCUAAACAAAACCUGGAAUUUCAAGAGCUGAACCAUACAGAGGUUGCAGACUAGUUGGAAUUGGAUAGAGGAGCAAAAUUGAAGAUGAAUUAUGUGUUUGUAUUGAUGAUGUGUGCCCUUGUUGUACUAAUAUGUAUGAAUUUAGUUUGAUCAUGUAAAAAGUGUGCCCUUGAUCAUGUGUGCCCUUGUUUAACAUAUGAAUUGGUAUUUUGAAUGACUUGUUAGAACAGUAGCUUCAUUUGGGUGUUUUAUGUGUCUUAUACAUUGAUAAUGUAAGUGUUUAGUGGCAAGGAAUGUGUAACAAAACUUCAGGUCAAUAGGAGAAUUCUUC